GGUUGCACGGUACAAAUUCUGGAAGAAGUGGCGAAGCUUAGGAUCAGACCAUGAGAGUCUGGGGGACAACACGGUAUUUGUAGGAGACCUCCUUCGAGACGUGAUAUUGAGACGAGAAAUCACCUAUUCCUGCCGAGGUAAAGCCAUGAAAGUUUGUGAAGAAUGGUGGAUUCAUCUCGGAAAAAGAGGUGUUUGUUCCUUGGAACAUGUGACGGACAGAAGGUGACUCGAAUAAUAAUGCUUUUGUACACGCAAGCGAUCGAACUGGUGGUUACCGAUACGAAGACUCGACAUACGGAAUACGGGUAUUGUAGUGAGGCAACGGCAUCUGAUCCUAUUUUCAGAUCCACCAGACGAUGGUGCAUUUGUGAAGUCUGCUUGUGCCGACUGGCCCACCAUAAUUAUUUUCGACGUAAAAAAUCCAGACGCCAGAGAUCAAGCGUUCACGACCAGUCGCUCUUCAUGAUUUUGUCAUCUUGUCAACAUCCAGCCAAUGAUGGGAUUCUGGGCCACCGACAUAGAUUCCCAUACUCUAGCUUACCAGAUCGGUUGCACCAGGUUGCCGCCCAUUUGUGGCUGAAAGAAUCUCGAAGUCGAUGUCGAGGCCGCGAGAAAAGUGCUGAAGAAAAAGGACUUUUUUUGGAAAUUUGCCAAUGAGAGACCCUGGAACACCGGGUGGUUCAAUUUAGGCCAAGGAUAGACGGCCACACUUCGACGCCUCUCCACCACGCCUGACCAAAUAUCACCUAACGCAAAACUUUGACCAUGAUAUCCAGCAGAGAGAUUGCGCGUGCAGACAGGCCAUCAGCACGAUUUG